AUGGCAGAAAGACUUGCCUCUCAAACAUUGCAGAAAUUUGCUGAAUUAGAAGAGCUCGCUCAAGAAAUAAUGGAAGAUAAACAACAGGUAUAGAUAUUUCAAAGUGAAAUAAUUACAAAGGAGGAUAAAACUAUUUUUUUACGCCAUUCGGGAGAUUUCGAAUGCGAAAGAUUAAUGUGGAAGACGGCGCUCGAUCUUCGUUCUCUCUCUAUAUAUAUACUGCUAGACGUUUAAAAUUAAUUUUUGAAACUUGUUCGUACCCGACUACUGCUGUGGUUAAGCUCCAUUUUGUGAGCUUAAAGGUCGGUUACUACUUUUCUGGCAUUUGAAAAUUAAAUUAAAUUCCAAUUACAGCUGACACACUAGUGUUAAUGUAUACAAAUUUAUUUUUAUUGUUUUGGUAGAUAAUUGAACUUGAUAAGCAGAGGAAUACAAACAGAGAAGCUCUUCGAAUGCUGAAGAAAGACGAUAAAAGAGGAUUAAGUGGGGCAUCAUGUAAGCUUAACCAGUUUACAAGUGAAUUUUAACAGAUACACCCUUUUCUGAGGCUCUCUAAAACAGUGACCUGAACCAGUGGAUAAAACAGCACACAUGUUGGUGAACAAACAAAAUAAAAUAAAAAGAAUGGUUGAAAUUUAUUGGCUGUCUUUUAAUCAAUUGCAGCCUGUCCGUGGUCAGACUUGCCUUUUUGAGGGACAGUCAUCAUGGUUAUUUGUUGGCCAUUUAUCAACAAAGUUUUUAAAAAUGUUUACUCACAAGAAACCAAUUGUUCUUGGUGUGUUUUUGAAGUGCAAAGCUCAAAUUCUGUUUUUCUUUAGGUCUGCGGUCUUAUUUAAUUCACAGCCACUGGUCCAAAAAGUCAUUGUUGAGCAGCUCCUCAGUUAUUACUUAAAACUACAAUGCUAAAAGGGGUAUGCAAUAACUGGGGAAAAAAGUUAUAUUAUUUGUACUUUUGGUCAUCACUUCUUUUUCUGUUGUAUUAAAAAAAAUGGUCAGUUGGUAACAAUGUGUAAUUACUUUUCACCCAAACUUACUGUACAUACACCCUCCCCUGAAUAAGCAUUAACCCCCACCCCCCACCAUAAUUUCAAACAAGCACCCCCUCCUCCCUCACCUUCUUAACUAUUACGGAUACAAGUGAAACCUGUUUUGAUUGCCAUUUAUCUUUAAAAAUUACUCUACAACAGAAUCAGUACAGGAAAAUAAUAACACCCCCCCUCCUUGAUUAAGCACCCUCCUUCCACUUAGCUCCCCCAUUUUUAACAGAAAUAUGAAUUAGUGCCCAGGUACUUAUUCAAGGAAGUACAGUAAUUUAGUUGAUUACUGGCUUGGGUCCUGAAGUAUGGUUUACUGAUAAGACAUUACUCUUAGUGAGUUUCUUGUGGUUAAAUACAAACAAAUCGUUGGGAAGGGUUUGAUACUUAAUAUUCUCAUUUAGGAGUAAAGCAAAAACAGAAAUAGUUUAUUUAACAAGGAUCAAAUCAUUUGUUUUAAUUGUAGCAUCCAAACCCUGGGUGUGUUUUGGAAACAUGUUCAUCAAGCUCCCAAGUUCCAAUGUGCAAGCAAUGUUGCAGCAAGGUGAACAAUUACAUCAAGAAGUCUUUUCUCCAAAGAAACAAACUUUAAACCUUACAUAUUUUUUCCCUUCUGUUUUAUGAAGAUCAGAAGAACUUAGAAGAGGAAAUAAGCAGGCUAAGGAAAGACUUGAAGCCAAAAGUUUCAAAGCUCCAUGAACUGGAGGGUUUGUAGACUUAUUGUUGUUGUAUUCAGCAGUAACAGUACUGUUUCUCAUUUUGGCAGAUGAUAAGGUGGCUAGACCAAGAUUAAGUUUUAUGAUGUAUGUGACUCAUCACUGUUGUCAGCAGCGUGACGUGAUAAGGCCCCAGUUCUGCAAAGGCUAGAUAAUGCUAUCUACUGGAUAAAUCCCUAUCUGUGGAUAGUGAAGUACAAUCUGUUGACACUUAUCCAGAGGGUAGCAAGUUAUCAGUUGGAUUACAUUAUCCAACCUUCAAACAACUGGGGCCAGGAGUAUUGUUAGUCUUUGAUGAGUGGAUGCCAGUCCAUCACAUCAGUUUAGGUAAAGAAAGAAAAGGUAAAGUCUUUUUCUAAGUCAAGUGGCCCAUCCAGCCUGGGGAUCUCUCUGUUUCUGUAGCAUGAAGUGAUUACAAGUAUUGCUACUCCCCAAGAAUGGGAUGCUUGUCUGUUCCAGGUUGCCCUCAGAAUUUCAUCAGGUUUCCCUGAUAGUGCACCAGUUCAUUUGAUGGAAGUCAGUAGAGAGGAAUUCAUUAGAGCAUUGACUGUACUGGAAGGCACUUUGAAAGUAAUGUGUCUCAUCCAAGAGCACAAUACUAAGACCCAUGCUAGUGCUCAAUCUGGUCUGAUUGCUUGAUCUGUAUUACAGUGUACUGGCCACUAGCAAGGGUCUUCUGGCAAUUUUGAAGCUGCUUUAGUCAUCUAAGAAGCAGCUUGUCCUAUUUGCAGAUUUAUUGAGAAAAGAAAUAUGCCACCUUCUGAUUUUUAGUAACACUGUAGUAUUCCUUCUUAUUCAGGAUUACCAGAGGUGAAGGGAUUUGACUUAACUGCUCUGACAAAAGAUGAUUUGCAGAGUCUGGAGCCAUGA